GUCACCGUUGCACACCCCGUGCUGCGCCAUGGCGCUGGGCUCGCAGGCGCUGGCGAUGCGGCUAUGGACGGCGCCUUCCGAUGCAGCCGAGGCCUCAAGGCGUGCCGCAAAGGGAGCGCAUGGCAGGAGGCAUUGUUUCUCUUCCAGGGCUUUCAGGCAGCGAGGGGGACACCCAACGUUGUGCUGCUUGGUGCCUUAGCCGCGUGCUUCGACCCGAGCAGCUGGAGCCUGGCCUUGGAGUUGUUUGCGCUGGCCAAGACUUUGACGCUGCGCUGCGAUGCUGUGCUUUGCAACACUCUGCUCAGCGCCUGCGGGAAAAGCAAAAGCUGGCGAGCAGCCCUUGGAGUGUUUGCUGGCAUGAGAAGCACUGGCCUUCAAGGAAGCGUGGUCAGCUACAAUGCAGCUGUCAGCGCGUGCCAAGGAUGGCCAGGAUGGCAGACUGCAGUGUGCCUGCUGGAAGAUCUUGGCAAGACGUUUCUGAAGGCGACCGUCAUCUCCAUUAACUCGGCGAUCAGCGCAUGCGAGAGCUGGCAGCAGAGCAUGUCGUGCAUGUCAGCUUUGCGGCGCCAAAGUUUCCAGCCGGACCUGGUCUCCUUCAACACAGCCAUCAGCUCCAGCCCAUGGCCAGGAUCCCUUCGCCUGUUCCGCGAGCUUCGCGAUGUGCACUUGGAAGCCGAUGUGGUCACUGCGAGCAUCUCGGGCGCCAUUUGGGAGCAGGGCUGUGCCAAUCUGCAGUCGGAAUCGAAUGUGAUAGCGUGCAAUGCGGCCAUGAGCAGCUGCGAGUGGAGAAAAGCAAGCUCCUUGCUGACUGCAAUGGGCAGCGCCCGUGUGGAAGCAACGCUCAGGAGUUUCAACAUCCUGCAGUCAGUGCAUGAGAGAGCUGCUUGGUCUCAGGCAUCCGCGUGGAUGUCCAGACAAUGCACACUUUCUCUUCUCCCCGACCUUUUCAGCUUCAACUCCCUCACGAGCACCGCUAGCUGGGUACACUGCUUGGACCUGCUCAGGCAGUUGGCUCGCUGGGACCUGCGCAUGGAUCGCAUCACUUGCAGCUCUUGUGUCGAUGCCUGUGAGGGCUUUGUGUGGCCCUGGACCUUGGAAUUGCUGAACAUGGUGACCGGAGCGGACGUGGACGUCUACAAUGCUGCCAUGAGCGGCUGCCAGGAGGAGAAAUGGCAGAUGGCCAUUCUACUGCUGGACAAGGCGCAGCAACUCCGCUUGCGAAGCGACGAGGUCUCGUGGAACGAGGUCUCUGUGGCCUUCCAGCGUUGCAGCGCUUGGGCGCACGCCCUGUGUCAAGGCCAAAACCUCAUUCAGCACAACUCAGCGUUGGCCGCCUGCGAGAAGACGGGGAUGUGGCGGCAGAGCAUCGAGCUUUUGAAAGGCCGUGCCACGGACAGCGCCGGGCGCAACUCCGCCCUCGCGUCCCUGGCAGCGGCCAGCCGCUGGCGCCAAGGCCUCGAGGUCGCCGCCGAGAACUCCGCCGCGGCCGCGGCGGCCUGCGAGCUCCAAGCGCAGCCGGCGCCAGGACCCACAGUCUCAAGACUGCAGCGGUUGCGACCAUGAACCUCGGCGAGGGUCAGUGCGAGAUCCACCAAGGACAUGCCAGGCCGACCCGCAGACCCAUGGCAGAUGUUCGGGCUGGAAAGGUAUGCUAGUCUCGAAGUCCUGGCUCUUCUGGAUGGCGCAAAUUGCGGGAUCUGUCCAGCCUGCAGGCUGGGGACAUCGUUUUGACCAUGGAGCAGUUUGAACGUCUCAGAUUCCAGUCGGACAUGAAGGCGAAGGUCGAGGAAGCUUUCUGGCAUGGCUUCGGCUCUUUGGCAUUUGCCGAGUUCUGGAUGCUUUCCAAUUACCUGUUUUCCACGCAUAGCAGGGUCAUUUGCCG